AUGUCCUUUAAAUUCCCUUCAUUUAACUUGCAAUCGCUUCAAGAGCUGUUGCCCACGGUUGAAGACCUCAAAACUAACGCCGCUAAGACAGCAGGUAACCUACAAAAAUCGUUUCAACAAACUGGUGAUUUGUUCACACAACAAGUGCAUAAUUUGGCUCAACAAAAUAAUGGUUCCCGUGAAGUUGAAGUUAGUGAAUUGCCUGAAGAGUACUUGAAAUUGGAGAAAAACUGUGAUUUGUUGCUUAGGGUUUACACUGAUUUCAUCAAGUUUAACCAUGAGACAUUUGAUAAGGUCAGUUAUGAUUAUCCACCUGCCAACAAUGCUAUUUCAAAGUUGAAGAACGCCAAUGUAUCAGGAUUUGUUAACAAUAAGUUCUCCCAAUUGAAGAACGUUUCCUCGCCUCAAGAAUUGGAGAAGAUUUUACUUGGGAAGUCAAGUGCAGAAGAUGCGGAAGCUGAAGCUGAAUCUGGUGAAGAACAAGCUCGGAUUAAAACUUUAUCAGCUCGAUUACCUUCUACAUUGUAUGGAAAUUUGGCUACUUUCACUCAGCAUCAUAGCGAUGAAUUAAAGGAAUCCAAUAGCCCCUUAUCGUUUGGACUUUUACAAUUCUCCUCUGCUUAUUUGGAAAUUGCAAGUUCUCGAUUGGAAAUGGAUGAUACCAUUGUCAACACAUUCAGUGCUGAAUUGGUACGUAUUUUAAACAACCAAUUAUUUACUGUCAAUGAGAUGCGUAAGCGUGUUUAUGCUGCUAGACUGGAGUUUGAUGCCAUUAGAGCUCAAAUCGGAGACGAAGAAGAAGACGAGAACGAAGAAUUGAUUGCCAAGGAAGACGAAUUGGUCAGUGCUACCGAGGUCGCUGUAGUGGAAAUGAAGAAGUUGUUGAAACCUUCUGUUUCACUUGAUUUGUUGAAGGUAUUUGUCACUGCUCAGAAGGAAUGGUUUGAGUUAUCAGCUAAGAAGUUGAAGGAGUUGUUAGCUUCUUUGGAGAGAAUUGAGGACGAAGACCAUGAGUAG